AUGUUGGACCGGCGAGUGGUGAACGGGAAAGUGGUAUAUUUCUUAAAAUGGAAAGGAUUUACAGAUGCCGACAACACAUGGGAACCCGAGGAAAAUGUGGAUUGUCCAGAGUUAAUUGAAGCGUUUCUGAAUUCUCAGAAGUCUGGAAAAGAAAAAGAUGGAGCCAAGAGAAAGUCCUCUUCCAACGCGGAGUCAUACAACAGAACAGCAAGUCAAAGAAGCACAAGUGGGCUGCCGCCCCCCACCCCCCUAGCCCCUGGCCUUGACCCAGAGCGAAUCAUUGGUGCUGUGGACGGCAGUGGAGAGCUGAUGUUUCUCAUGAAGUGGAAAGAUUCCGGUGAGGCUCACUUGGUGCUGGCCAAAGGAGCAAACAUGAAUGUUCUCAGAUAG